AUGGUCACCGUGGUGUUGAUUGCGUGCGGCGUACUGGCGCUGUACGUGUAUUGCCGGGUUAAGUUUCGGUUCGCGGAUAACAUCCCGUGCGUUGAACCGUUGCGCCCGUUCUUCGGCAAUGGGCUCGAGUUUGCCCAGAAGAACUCGUACGACAUAUUCCGCAACAUUGCGCACGCGUUUAGCCAGAACAAGCGCAUCUUUAAGAUCUGCUUCGGUCCCAUCCCCGUCAUCUGCCCGACGCAUCCGGAUCUGAUACAGAAGAUCAUGAACGAUCCCGCCACCAUGGACAAACCGUUCGUGUACAACUUUAUGCGCGUGGACAAGGGUUUGCUCACGGCGGAGUACGACACGUGGCGUGUGGCACGGAAGGCGCUCAACCCCACGUUCAAUACGCGCAUCCUGAACAGCUUCAUACCGAUCUUUACCGAUUGCGUGUCCAAGAUGAUCGCCAACAUGCGGACACACGCCGGCGGUGACGGGAAGCCGGUCAACGUGCUCGAAUUUACCUCUCCCUGCACGCUGGAAAUGAUCUGCCGGACCUCGCUGGGUGGAUCGGUGCUGGAGCGCGAAGGCAAGCAGGAAUUCGUCGAGGGACUGGAAUCUAUCCUUCACAACGUCGGCCUUCGCAUGUUCAACGCAAACCUCUAUCCGGACUUUGUGUACAACUUCACGCGGUUCUACAAGAAGGAAAUGGCGUCCCGCAAGAUAUGCUACGCAUUCACGAACAAGGUGAUCGAAGAGAAGCGGGCCGAAUUCGAGAAAAAGCUGCGCGGCAUGGUCGACAGCAAUAACAACAGUGUGGUGGCCAACAGUGACGAAAAUGGCAACGUCGUCUUCGACCAUGAAGAAGAAGACGAUCUGCUGAACUACAAGAAGCCGCAGAUCUUUGUCGACCAGCUGCUCACCGUACCGAACGAUGGUAAACCGUUUACGCACGAGGAGAUCUCUGACCAGAUCUACACCAUGAUAGCGGCGGGUAACGAAACGUCGGCAACCCAAGCGGCCCACGCCGCUAUACUGCUUGCCAUGCAUCCGGAGAUACAGGACCGAGCGGCGGCCGAGGUGCGCGAAGUGUUGACCGAUUUUGACGGAGAGUACACGCACGAAACGCUCAAGCGGAUGGUGUAUCUCGAGCGGGUCAUCAAGGAAUCGCAGCGCCUGUGUCCGGUGGCGGGCGUUUACGCUCGUAGGACGGUCGCACCGAUCCAGCUGGACGAGUUCCUCAUUCCCAAGGGUUUCAUCCUGCUACUGAACGUGUUCGCGCUACACCGCAACAAAGAGUUCUGGGGCCCGGACGCCGAUCGGUUCGAUCCGGACCGCUUUCUACCGGAGCGCACCAAGCAGCGCCACCCGUACGCUUAUCUGCCGUUCAGUGGUGGACCGCGCGGUUGCAUCGGUAGCCGAUACGCCAUGAUGAGUCUGAAGGUCAUACUAUCGCAAAUGCUGGCCAACUUUCGGCUCACCACCGACAUACCGUACGAGAAGAUGGAUUUUAAGUUCAAGGUCUCGAUACAUCUGGCCUUUGAGCAUCGAGUGAAACUGGAGCCACGAAUCAUAAUCGCCAUCGUAUUGUUAUCCUGCUGUUUGAUCAGAAGCAACGCUACCAUUUCACCGCAAGUGAUCGCCACGCAGCAGGCCCUGUACGGUGAGCUGCAGCUACUGGAACAGAGUCCACUGCAUUCCGAGCUUUCGUUACCAUCCGAUGAAAAACCACGGCAGCGAACCAGCGAAGAGCUACGGUUUGUCUUUCGAGAGUUUGAGCGACAGAACCAGGAAAGUCUCACGAUCAUCCUGCAAGUGCUGGCCCUAGUGGAUCAAACGCUCGAGAACACGAUCCUCGCGGAUUGUGCGAAAAUCUUCGAACUUUCGUCGCUGGAGCGGAACAACGUUAUCUUCCGACAGGUUACGCGGCCGCUGCUGGUGCAGGUAGAGCGGCUCUGUCAGCUGUUGGCUACCGAGCGGCUCGACCAGCUCGAAUCAACCAUGGAGCGAGUCGAACAGGAAGCGAGCAUCUAUAGGAAACGAUAUGAUCAGACACAACAGUACAUGCGGUACAUUAGGAACUGGCUAGACGAUCGGGAACCGGCCGGAACGCGUCGGUUUGAGCAGCGUGUCGAUGAGUUGUACUCCCGGUGGUUGCAAGCGAACGUUACCGUACAGCGUGAGGUUCGGAUCGCAAUCGAUCUCGCCAUCGGAAGCCUAAGCCACGCAAUCGAAGAGUCACACGGUGUCAACCGUUCUAACCGGGAGGAGGAUCCCACCUUCCGCUCCAUUAUCGAUCACUUUGCAUUACACUUCGAGAAUGAAACCAGCGAGCUAGCAGCCGGUCUGCUAGAGCUGCUCGAUGAGUGGUUAGACCAAACGGAAGAGCUGAUUGGUGCUGUGUCGGAGGAGCUGACGGGUAUACUUGAUGGGAUAGUUGAGAUUCCAGUGGCGGCCUUUCUGCGAGGGGAAACGACGUUCGGCUGUCUGGCCGAGUACGCUGGCUAUGGUAGUGUGAACAGUGUCGUGGUGGAGGUGGAGAACAUAUACGAUUGCUUCAGCGGUGAAGGGGAUGUGCUGAGUUCUCUUGCAACAGCGAAGAGCUUGCUGGAGCUUACCGAACGCGAAGUGCGGGUCUUGUUGCAGGGCCUAGCGCACUGCACCGCGAGACGAUCACCUUCGGAAAUGGAUGCGUUCGUUGCAAGCGUUCUCACCAAUUGUUCCGAUGCGAAACAGACAGUGAAUGCGUUCAGCAUGUACUUCGUGCUAGUGACCGUGGUUGUGAUACUGCUGCUCGUCCGGUACUGGACGAAAGUGGCCCAACGUGCUUUGCAGGAUAUUGACGGACCAAAGGCAUAUCCGGUUAUAGGAUCCGCUCAUCUGCUGCUCGGUUCCGAGGAGCGUACGUUCAGUGUCAUAUGUGCGCUCUAUCGUAAAUAUGAUAAAAUCUUUCAAAUUAAGCUCGGUCCCAAGAUCUUUCUCGGUUUGUCCGAUCCCGAGCUCAUCCAAGAAGCGCUUCACUCACCUUCCUGUCAAAAUAAGGCUUUCUUUUAUCGGUUUCUGGAGGUGGAUUAUGGGCUAGUAUCGUCACGUUAUGUUGACUGGAAGGUGUACCGGAAGAUGCUGAAUCCUGCCUUCAAUCAGCGCAUCCUGAUCAGCUUCAUAUCGAUCUUUAGUCAGGCUGCAGAAAGGAUGGUCAAGCGGAUGGCAGACGAAGAGAAGCAGGGUCGCGUUUUCGACGUUCUUCAUUACACAACCCAGUGCACGCUGGAAAUGGUGUGCGCCAGCUCGCUCAAGAGUGAUAUCAUGGAUGAUCCAAAGACGAUGGGAAUGUGUUCGGAUUUCGAGAAACUCAUCACCAUCAUGGGCAGUCGCGUGUUCAACGUUCUGCUCCAUAGUGAUCUGCUGUUCUCAUUAACGCCCAGUUACUGGGAGAUGCAAAAGCUAAACCAGCGAAUAAGCAAGACCUUUUCACCGAUUUUUUUAAACCGUCGAGCAGAGCUGCAACAGCAACGUGCCAAACUGGAAGAUGCGUGCGACGAUUACCGUAAACCGAUGGUCUUUUUGGACCAACUAUUAAACAUGCAACGGAAUAAUGCUGAACUUUCGAUAGAGGAGAUUGAGUGCCAUAUUUACACAUUGCUUGGAGCAGGAACGGAAACAACCGCCAGUCAGGUGGCGUACAUUCUACUGCUACUGGCGAUGCAUCCGGAAGUGCAGGAACGUGUUUGGGAGGAAAUUCGGCUCGUGUACGAUACGGGCGCACAGGAGAUAACGUAUGAAACCCUUACUCGGCAGCCCUAUCUCGAGCAGGUGAUCAAGGAGACUAUGCGAGUGUUCCCGGUGGCACCAGUGAUAGGAAGGGAAACUACCGAGCCAAUGUCGCUCGGUGGUUAUACAGUUCCCGCGGGGGUAACACUUCUUAUUAACAUCUUCCAUGUGCAUCGCCGAAAGGAUUUAUGGGGAGAUGGGGCCGAUUUGUUCGAUCCCGAUCGGUUCGAUCCUCUAAUAUACGAUGCACAAAAGCGACAUCCUUGUAGCUUCUUCCCGUUUGGCGGAGGACCGCGUAAUUGCAUUGGUUACCGGUAUGGUAUGUUCGCGAUGAAGACCAUUGCCACGCAGGUGCUACGCAGAUACAAACUGAGCACGCCAUUAACGCUCAACAGUGUGCUACGAUUGUCAUUCGCCGUAACGCUGAAGCUGGGCGUGGGCCAUAUGAUCAAGAUCGAGCCAAGGCACACAUGA